AUGAAUGCGCAGGAAUGGCAGGAUUAUCUGCACAAUUACUUGAUGUUUAAUUACGACGGUGUUGGACUGGCUUCAGCAGCAAUCAUCAGCCACGACCGCGCCGUUCUUGCUAAAAGUGCCGAUUUGUCUAUGGUUAUCUACUCUGCCAAACAUGCUUUUAGUGUUCUGUUGAUAGUAAAUGAAAAUUAUGACAAUUGGAUUGAAAGACAUUUUGCUUUUGUGGGAAUUAAGGUUUUAUGGAAAGAGCUUAAAGUUCAAGAAAUAGAUAAAAUCAAACAAGCGUUUGCGGAACCAGGAAAACUUGCUCAAAGAGGAGGCCUAAGCCUUGGUGGCACUAAGUAUAAUGUUACACAAGAAGAUGGAAAUGUAAUAAAAGGAAUAGAGGACGACGGACGAACCGGAAUCGUGGUGUGGAAGACGAAUACGACGUUGGUGGUCGGGAUACACGACCAGCGGUUGCCGCUUGAAUACUGCAAUGAGGUGGUUCAGAAUGCCGCAAAUAUACUCAACCUUCAAGGCCUCUAA